AUGCUUCAAACGACUUCUUCCUCCCGGGCCGCGGUGCGCCGUACGGUGGCCUCAUUGACACAUGCUGCCCCGAGACGCUCUUCCUCCGCACUCUCCGCAGUUGUCCGCUUUAACAAUGCCCGCGCGUGCUCCGUCCUCUGCACCCCUCGCUCCCUGAGCUCCAAUUCUACUCCUCUGCAACGAUUUCCCCGUCUCCAGUCCUGGAACGCCUCUUCGAUCAAGAGAACUUUUGCUUCUACGCCCAACAUGGCAGCUGGUACUCGGAUAGAAACAGAUGCCUUUGGUGAAAUCGAGGUCCCUGCAGACAAGUACUGGGGUGCUCAAACCCAGCGCUCGCUGGGUAACUUUGAUAUCAACCAGCCCCAGGACCGCAUGCCCCCCGCCGUGGUCAGGGCUUUCGGUAUCCUUAAGGGCGCUGCUGCUGAAGUGAACAUGAAAUUUGGCCUCGACCCCAAGAUCGGUCAGGCCAUCAAGCAGGCCGCUGCCGAGGUUGCCGAGGGCAAGCUGAUGGACCACUUUCCGCUCGUCGUAUGGCAGACCGGUUCCGGUACCCAGUCCAACAUGAACGCCAACGAGGUCAUCUCCAACCGUGCAAUUGAGAUUCUCGGAGGACAAAUGGGUUCCAAGAAGCCCGUCCACCCCAACGACCACGUCAACAGGUCCGCCUCCUCCAAUGACUCCUUCCCCACCGUCAUGCACAUCGCUGCAGUUCUAGAGUUCGAGAACACUCUUCUGCCAUCCCUGAAGAACCUGCGCAAUGCUCUCCAGACCAAGGUGGAGAAGUUCGAGAAGAUCAUCAAGAUCGGAAGAACCCACCUGCAGGACGCCACCCCUCUCACCCUUGGCCAGGAGUUCUCUGGCUACGUUGCUCAGCUCGACCGCAACAUUGAGCGCAUCGAGAGCGCCCUUCCCCAUCUCCGCCUCCUUGCCCAGGGUGGAACGGCUGUCGGUACCGGUCUGAACACCUUCAAGGGCUUUGACGAGGCCAUCGCUGCCGAGGUCAGCAGGAUCACCGGUACCGAGUUCAAGACCGCCCCCAACAAGUUCGAGGUUCUCGCUGCCCACGACUCCAUCGUUGAAGCCUCUGGUGCCCUGAACACCCUGGCUUGCUCCCUCUUCAAGAUUGCACAGGAUAUCCGUUAUCUCGGAUCCGGUCCCCGCUGCGGUCUGGCCGAGUUGAACCUCCCGGAGAACGAGCCCGGUUCCUCGAUCAUGCCCGGAAAGGUGAACCCGACCCAGUGUGAGGCUCUCACCAUGGUCUGCGCUCAGGUCAUGGGUAACCACGUUGCCGCCACUGUCAGCGGUAUGAACGGCCAGUUUGAGCUGAACGUCUUCAAGCCCGUCCUCAUCCGAAACCUCCUUCACAGUGUGCGCAUUGUCUCCGACGGCAUGAACAGCUUCCGAGUCCACCUGGUUGACGGACUGACGGCAAACGAAGGACGCAUCAGCGAGCUGCUGCACAAGAGUCUUAUGCUUGUGACCUGCCUCAACCCCAUUAUUGGCUACGACAUGGCUUCCAAGGUAGCCAAGAAUGCCCACAAGAAGGGCAUUACCCUCAAGGAGAGUGCCCUGCAACUCAAGGCUCUCAGCGAAGAGGACUUUGACAAGUAUGUCCGCCCAGAGCUGAUGCUGCACCCCAAGGAGGCCAAGUUGUAG